CUACAUGAUCUACAUGGUUGCUUUCUAUUUUUUUUUUCCUUCCUGAUUGCUUUAGGAGAGAUGGGAAAUUAAAGGUGGGAGAGGGGUUGAUUGAACAAAAGGUUUUGUUUUUUUUUUUUUUCUCAGCGAUUGAACAAAAGGUUUUAGCAGAAACUUAAACUUUUUUUAAAAGCAAAUAUACAAUAAAGAAAAGGAAAAGAUUUUUCUGGGGCUGGGAAAGAUAACAGAGGAAAAGACAGAAAGUGCAACGUCAGAGUUAGCCGUAGGGCUCCAUGGGUUGUGGUUUUAGGGUGUUGUUUUGGACUGCUUGAGGAUUACAGAAGGGAAUCCGUUCUCAUCCACAUCUCUCUCUCUCUCUCUCUCUCUCUCUCUCUCUCUCAGUUUUGAGAACUGGUUAUUUAUUUUUUGUUCAUAUUUGUGUGGCUAGCUAUUGUUGAAUUUUCUUGGUAUUAGCAAGCUUGGAUAUCGAACCAUGAAGGAGAAAAGUUAGCCAGAGGAUCUGGUUAGGUUCUCUCUCUCUCUCUCUCGGCUCGGUUCUUUUUAGCUUUCAAAAAACAAAAGUUGUCUCUUGGGUUGGUGCCAAACCAAGAAGAAACCAUAUUCAAGGUGUAUAGCGGGGAUUUUGGGUUUCAGACACUAUUCUUAAGAAAUACACUUUUGCCUCUAUUGGGUUCUUUCUUCCACUACUCUUUACUUAAUUUAGCUGCUUCUUUGGUUUUGUUCUUUAGAUCUACGGCCCAUGAUGGAACCUUAGGUUAUCAAGAAUUUCUAAGCUAAAAGAAGAUGAUAAAAGGUUUGAUGUUCCAACAACGGAUACAGCAGCCAGUUCUGGAGGAAAACAUGUCUAAUUUGACUUCUGCGUCUGGCGAUGCAAGUGUUUCUUCAGGCAACAGAACUGAGUUAGGGAACAACUAUUCUCAACAAUAUUUUGCUUCACCGCCACCUCAAACUCAGCCUGCAGCGAAGAAAAAGAGAAACCUUCCAGGCAACCCAGACCCAGAUGCGGAAGUGAUAGCUUUGUCUCCCAAGAGUCUCCUGGCAACAAACAGAUUUCUUUGUGAGAUCUGUAACAAAGGGUUUCAAAGGGAUCAGAAUCUUCAACUUCAUAGAAGAGGGCAUAAUUUGCCUUGGAAGCUAAAGCAGAGAACAAGUAAAGAGGUAAGGAAGAAGGUGUACGUGUGCCCAGAACCUAGCUGUGUGCACCAUGACCCAUUAAGGGCUCUUGGGGACCUGACUGGGAUCAAGAAGCACUUCUGCAGAAAGCAUGGCGAGAAGAAGUGGAAAUGUGACAAGUGCUCAAAGAGGUAUGCAGUUCAAUCAGAUUGGAAAGCUCAUUCCAAGACCUGUGGCACAAGGGAGUACAGAUGUGAUUGUGGAACCCUUUUCUCAAGGAGGGAUAGUUUCAUCACCCACAGAGCCUUCUGUGAUGCAUUGGCAGAGGAGAGUGCAAGAGCCAUCACAACAAACCAAUUUCUGUCCUCUCAACCUGGCCCUUCAGCGUCUCACAUAAACCAGCUCCCGCCCCAGUUCAAUCCCCAAGACCUCCACGCAUUUUCUUUGAAGAAAGAGCAACAAAGCUUCAGUCUAAGGGAAGAGAUACCCCCAUGGCUAGCUUGUCCUGGCCCACCACCUAUUGAUAUCUCCUCAUCAUCGUCAUUCUUCUCCACGAGAUUGGGUCAUCAAGAAUUCGCACAGGCUCACCCAGAUUUAGCCCUCCAUGAAACGCAGAACUCUAACCCUAGUCUUGGCCCCACUCUCCCUCCCUACCUACUAGCACCCUCUCCACACAUGUCAGCCACUGCAUUGCUGCAGAGGGCAGCUCAGAUGGGUGCAACUAUGAGCAGCAAGACUGGCUCAUCACCAACCAUGAUGAGGCCCACCCACCAGGCUCACGUGCCUACUGCUGCUGAUUCUGGCAACAAUACAACUGGUAAGUUUGGCUCCAUUUUGUCCUCACGUGAAGAGAUGGCCACUGGGUUUGCCCAUGGCUUGGCUCCUUUUGGGAAUAAAGCUGCAGGCCCUUCUGCCUCUGCAGCGACCACUACUACAGGAGCAAGUACUGGUGCAGCCCCAGGUGUUCCUCCUUCCCUUCUUCAUGACAUGGUGGGACGUUCUCUUUCUUCUUCCACUGGGUUUGAAGGAACUUCUUUUGAGGAUGCAUUUGGAGGGCAUGAAUCUCUCUCAAAAACAUCCACCACCAGGAACCAUCUUAGUAGGGCUCAUGAAACUGGCGGGAGUCAUGGUGGUGAAGGUUUGACUAGAGAUUUUUUGGGUCUUAGAGCUCUCUCUCACAGUGACAUUCUCAAUAUUACUGGUUUCGGUAAUUGCAUGAACACUUCCAACCAGCAUCAAAAUCAACCCCAAAAACCUUGGCAAGGGAGUUUGGAGGGAUAUACAGAUGAAGGCUAGGGUACAAAAAGCAUUGGAUUCUCUAAUGGAAAGACUCGUGAAAUUAUGUGCAGAGAUCGAUGUGCAAGUUUGCUUGGUUUAGAUAGAUAUGGCUGUUUAUUCACGAACCAAAAAAAGAGAUGCCGUUUGACAACUGAUGUGGGUCCAGAUCAUAGGGAUUCAAUCCCGAGGGAGAGGAUUUCUCAUGAUCAUGCCCGUCGGCCGGCUAUAUCUAUAUAUAUAUAUAUAUAUAUCUUACCUCUUCUAUGUAAAAUUAUAAGAAUACAUCAGAUCUAUUUUCCCCACUUCUUUUUACGAGUCGUUUCAAGUAGUCCUCAUGUGGCUCAAAAAAGUAAAUUAAUAGGACGACAAAUAUAACAUUUGACAAAGGAAAUUACUUUAAAUAAAACAGCUAGCCAAUGGUAUUUGGGUUAUUUCUA